UUGGGCGUGGCUUAGCCGGACCGGGGGGCGUGGCCUAGCUGCUAUAUAAGAAGGCGGGUGCGUAGGUCGCUUUUCGUUCAUCGCUUGCGUUUGGGAGUUCAACUUUUUUGCUGAGCGGACUAACGGAACGAAAGCAUCAGCAGCGAUGGCGAACAAAGGUCCCUCCUACGGGCUGAGCCGCGAGGUGCAGAGCAAGAUCGACCAGAAGUACGACCCCGAGCUGGAGGAGCGACUCGUGGCGUGGAUCGCCGCCCAGUGCGGAGACUCCAGCGGCGUGGGGAGCUGUCCCGGCACGGGCAAGGCCAGCUUCCAGCUCUGGCUUAAAGACGGCACGGUGCUGUCUCACCUCAUAAACUCGCUCUACCCUGCGGGGUCGGGCCCGAUCAAGAAGGUGCAACCUUCCACGAUGGCCUUCAAGCAGAUGGAGCAGAUCUCCCAGUUCCUGAAGGCCGCCGAGGCCUACGGAGUCAGCACCACUGACAUGUUCCAGACGGUCGACCUGUGGGAGGGCAAGGACCUGGCGUCUGUGCAGAGAACCCUCAUGGCGCUGGGCAGCAUCGCCGUGACCAAGGGGGACGGCCUCUACCAGGGCGACCCCGCCUGGUUCCACAAGAAGUCUCAGGAGAACCGUCGCGAGUUCUCCGAGGACCAGCUGAAGCAGGGCCAGAACGUCAUCGGCCUGCAGUACGGCACCAACAAGGGCGCCUCGCAGGCCGGCAUGACGGGCUACGGUCGCCCACGCCAGAUCCACAACUGAGGCCCUCCCCCGGCGGCUUUGACGGCGCCCGGGCCGCGCCGCUCGCCGGGCCACCUCGGGGAGGGCCGGGCGACGGAGCGGGCGGCUAGGCGGGUGGGGUGGGGGGGGGCGGCUAGGGGGGGGCGGGCGUGGGGGGACCUAGGGGACCUGUCCCACCUGUUGUGGAAUUCGGCUGGGCGGGCCAAGGCGGACCGGUCAACUAGGUGGCCGCGUGACUGAUUCAACCGGUGGACCGGUCGACCGGUGGACUCGUCUACUGGUGGACCGGUCGACCGGUGGACUCGUCUACUGGUGGACCGGUCGACCGGUGGACUAGUCAACUGGUGGACCAGUCGACCGGUGGACUAGUCAACUGGUGGACCGGUCGCCCGGUGGACUGGUGGACUAGUGGACCGGUGGACCAGUCUACCGGUGGACCGGUGGAAUGGUCGACCGGUCGAUGGACCAACGAUCGACCAGCGGCCGCCCGCUCGCCCCACUUAUUCCACGGCAUUCCUCGCGACCCAGCGACCGCUCUUAUCGACGAGUCGACCGGUCGACGAAGCCAAACCAAACGCUCCACCAAACGCCCGGGGACACAAAAAAGGAAAAAAAAUAAUUAAAAAUAAACCUCGAUCCCAUCAACCUUUUUGGUGGCUUUCCGCCCGCUCGCUCGCCCGCUCGCCCGUACUGCCGCUCCACCGCUCCGCCGCUCCACCGCUCCACCGCUCGCCACCCACCGGGGCCGCCUGGUGGGCCAACGCCCCCUCCCACCCCCGCCACUCGCCGACAUUCCCCGCUGCGUCUCGUGCACGCACACACGCGUGUGUGCGUGUGUGGACGCGCGUGUGUACACACGGACAGACACGCACAUACGUACACACACGGACGUGCACGUGUGUGUGUGUGUGUACGCGCACAACGCGUACUUACGCUGGCUAACGUGUUUACACGCGGGGAUCAAUACGGUUUUAUGUGAACACGCACACAGGUUUGUACACACACACACACCAAGACAGAGAUCCCCCGUAUAGCUUUGACAGACUGCUGGGGCAAGUGCAGCGCCCUAUGAAGGCCGGCACUGUGGCACGCGAGGGGGUGUGUGGCCAGCAGCACCACGCCCGGCCGCCUUUGUCUCCCCCAGUGGACGAUGUUUACUACGCAUCGCACCGGGUACUCGUUUGAGGCUGGGUCGACCUAGGGGAGGCCCGGAACCGGUUCAGAUGUCCGAACUCUGUCCCGCUGGGUUCUUAGCGCUGCGGCGCACCCCAACCGCUCUGCCACCGCUCUCCCCACACGCACACACACGCAGGCACGCGUACACAGACGCGCACACACACAGACGCACACACACACACGCACACACACACGCAUGCGCUGACACUCCACCCACUUCCCUUAGCUCUCUGCCCUCCACAACGGCAUUCGCGAUUACGCCCCAAUUACCACUCAAAUCAUUUAACCAGCCCGCCGAUUAACAUCAUCCCAUCCCACGUGACCACCUCCAACCCCGCCACACUAAGUAACCCCGCCACACUAAGUAACCCCGCCACACUAAGUAACCCCGCCACACUAAGUAACCCCGCCACACUAAGUAACCCCGCCGACCAACUAAACCCACACUCCGUGCCCACUCGUCAGCUCUCGGGUGAACCUUGACCCUUGACCCCCCAUGCGUGAUGCAGGCCGGCACGCCGUUUGUCACGUGCCGGCCUGCGUAGGCGCUGCCCGCUAGCAGCACUUGACCCUACAGUCUGUCGCAGGCUGUACGGAGAAGGAAGCUUUGUCUGUGUAUAGUGUGUCUGUGUGUGGUGUCUGUGUGUGGUGUCUGUGUGUAGUUUGUGUAAUGUGUCUGUGUAUAGUGUGUGUGCGUCUGUGUGUGUGUCGGUGCUCGCUUACAACACUUGCCCCUACAGUCUGUUAAGGCUAUACAGGGGAUCUUUGUCUUUGCGGUGUGAUGCUGUUGUCUGUGAACACUCCGCCAAAACCGAUUGCACACACACUUAAACAUUCGCCGAAACUAGGACAUUCCACACGACUGUGAGAGGCCUCCCACACACACACACUCGCGCAGCAACGAGUAAGGACAUCGAUUACAGCCACGGAAACGAAUUUAUCAAUCGUCGCAUCGAUCUCCCAUUCCAUCUCCCCCCUCCAACUUAUUGCUAAAGAGUAAUAAAACGUUGUCGGUGUUCAACAAAAAAAUUGUUUCAUCGAUCGUAUUGUAACAAAAAAAAAGCAGCAUCUUGGUGGUCAGAUUUGCUCUUGUGAUAAGUAAUGAAUAGUUUUAAUAUAAUUGGUCUUACAGUGGAAAGGAGUGCGAAUAAAUGAUGGAAAAAACACCCCCCCCC